ACAGAGACGACGCGGAAGCGCCCGCCCAACCUCCGCGGGGCCGCUCUAGCCGGGUGGCGGGCGGACUUCCGGGUGCGACGGCGACAGCAACAGCAAUGGCGGACGGCGACUACGAGUCGGUGCUGUGCGUGAAGCCCGAGGUGCACGUGUACCGCGUGCCGCCGCGCGCCUCCAACCGCGGACACCGGGCUGCAGAAUGGCAGCUGGACCAGCCGGCGUGGAGCGGCCGGCUGCGCAUCACGUCCAAGGGGAAGAUGGCGUUCAUCAAACUCGAGGAUAAGACUACAGGGGAGCUCUUUGCCCAGGCCCCCGUGGACCAGUUUCCUGGCAUCGCUGUGGAGAGCGUGACGGAUUCCAGCCGAUAUUUUGUCGUUCGGAUUGAAGAUGGAAAUGGGCGCCGUGCGUUCAUCGGUGUGGGGUUUGUGGACCGAGGUGAUGCUUUUGACUUCAACGUUGCCCUGCAAGACCAUUUCAAGUGGGUUAGGCAGCAGAGCGAAUUCGCAAAACAGGCCCAGAACCCAGAGCAGGGGCCUAAACUGGACCUGAGCUUCAAGGAGGGACAGACCAUCAAACUCAACAUUGCGAAUAUGAAGAAGAAGGAAGGAGCUGCAGCAAGCAGCAGAUCGCGCCCGGCGGGGCCAGGGGGCCUGAGCCUCCUCCCACCUCCCCCUGGAGGGAAGGGGCCAGCCAUGAUCCCUCCCUUAGGGGAGCAGCCUCCGUCGUUUCCCACGCACUCCCAGCUACCAGGCCCUGCUAACCCAGAUACCCCUUUGCCUUGGCCACAGCCCAGUGCCACUGCCACCACUGAUGUCUGGGGAGAUUUUGCCAGAGCUUCAGGGUCUGCUUCCAGCCAGAAUCAGCAGAGCACGGGCUGGGUUCAGUUUUAAUCAAGACGCCUCUUUCUGCUUUCCUGUGGGGACAUUGGGGAAGGAACCUCUUCUCUUCACUGUGGACCAAACGCUGGGGGAAAGCGGCCCAACGCCCACACACCAAAGAGAGCAGGCUGAAGCCCCCAACCCCUCCCUCGUGGCAGGCUCUGUUGUUUCCGUGGGCAUUACAGGAAAGGAGCGAGAGCCAUGCAGAAUCGAGUGUCCUGUGACUGUCGUGCUGAACUAAGUGCUCUGGCGCUGAGGAGUGAAUGCCUUAACCCUGGGAGCUUCUGUGUGCUCCUAGGAAAAACCCACAGCAGGGGCCCUUAAUUCAGUGCUCAGAUCGCAGUUGACAUGGUGGGUGCUGCUCUUCUCCAGACCAGCACGCUGCGGUGCUUGCAUGCAUCCAGGAAUGCUCCUUUUCAUGUCUUCUUCCCUUUGCUUCCUAUAACCGCACUCUGGUUAAUGCGAAUGAAGGUCACCAAAGACAGAGAUGCGACUUGUGUUCCCUUGAAGCAGCAGAAGGCUGGAGGAGAGCUAGGAGCGGUAUCAGAAGACUUGGGUUUGCUUUAAGUCUUCUCUAUUUUGCUGGCUGCUGCUAGUGGUCUAUGCAAUAUGUAGGGAGCUGUACUGGCCUGUGCAGCAGAGGGUCUAACGGGCCAACAACUGGCUACCAGUGGUUAAUAAUGCACGGCUGGGUUGUCCCCUGUACUCUUCUCACCUUGAAUGCUUCACAUAGUACCAUUCCCUGUCUCAGAGUGGGACGGAUGAAGGAGCGUUCAUAUAAAGGGGUCACAACCUUUAACAUCCCCGACACUGUCCAGCAUCGUCCUCUCUACAGUUCUGAGAGCAAACUGCAUUUCUUCGUAGUUUCCAAAGUGCCUUCAUGUCACUAACAGCCUGCAAAGCUGCUAACAGCCAGCUGGGAAGUUACUGAGCACUUAGACGGACUUGCAGUCGGUCAGACCAGAGAGGAGCUCUUAGCUGGAUCUUACUGUGUUUUAAAUAACCGUAUCUAAGCGAAACUCUGAGAUUCCUUGUUCCCUGCCCAAAGGUGUUUUUUUUUUUUAUUGUUCUUUUAUUUUUAAGAGAGAUUUUUGCUUUUCACAGAUAUGUUAUUAGUCCAUGACAUAGCUAGAUGCAAUGAAGGACAGAACUAUAUUGAUCUUUAAUGGAGCUGGGCUUAUAUUUUCUGUUUUUUUUCCUUUAAAAAACCCCCCACAAACCCCACAAUAUUUUCUUAUCUAUUUAUAUUGAGGUGAAGGCCUGUACCAAUGUGAAGUACUGCUCUGGUUUCAGUGUUCCAAGCUUUACCUUUUUUUCAUUUUACACCAGAUAAUGAGUCCUUGAUUUCUGAUGUUAAAUCUACCCUGAGGAUUAGUUUAGCCUCUUUUGAGCAGUUAGAAAAGCACACAGGGAAAAAAAAAACGGGUGGGAAAUGUAUAUUAAAUAAGUAAUAAAAUCAUGUUUCAUUGGUAA